UUCGCGGCCUCGCAGUUGCAGAACAACACACCUGAAAAGGGAGGAAUCAUCCGCCCUCCUUAGAACGCCGUCGUUUCGGAGUGCCGUGGUGGGCCUUGCUGGAAAAUAAUCACAAUAUCGCAAAACUAGCCCUAAAAAUAAAAACUUGGGAGACGGGUGAUCGAAGAGGAAAAACUCCUUCGUAGCUCAACCGCCUGCUCCGCCUUCUCUCUCUUCUUUCCUUCCUGCGCUCCGACCCCUUUUCGGGGUUCGCUCUCACCUGCUUUCUCCUUCUCUCUUUAUCCCUCUCUGAGAUCCCGAUCUCUUCCUUUGAGAGAUGGCAGUAGCAGACGACGUCCCAACUCCACAGAUGGUGGGCAAUGCUUUUGUGGAGCAGUAUUACUCUAUUCUUCAUCAACAACCACACCUUGUUUACAGGUUUUAUCAUGAGACUAGUGUCCUAAGCCGACCUGAAGAAGAUGGUAAAAUGAGCUUGGUGACCACGAUUGAUGACAUUAACAAGAAGAUCCUCUCUCUAGAUUACACAAGCUUUAGGGUGGAGAUUCUGAGUGCAGAUGCUCAACCAUCAUAUAAGGAUGGGGUGAUGGUUGUGGUGACUGGCUGUUUGACUGGAGAUGAUGAUCUGAAAAGGAAGUUUACCCAGUCAUUCUUCCUAGCCCCACAGGACAAAGGCUACUUUGUUCUGAAUGAUGUAUUUAGGUAUCUUGAUGAGCACAAAUCUGUUGACUCCCAUUCUGUGCCUACAAAUGAUGCUGAUGAAAGUGUUCCAGCAGCUUCUUUCACUCCAGAACCUGAGCCUACUCAUGUUCCUGAAAACAUUGCACCUAGUCAGGCUGUUGUUGUCGACACUGAGGCUAAUGCCAACGAAGAAGUGAAUCAACAAUUAGAUAAUGGGGAGUUAUCAGUAACUGAAGAGGUUGUGGAUCCUAAUACUGUGAAGGAGUCAAGUCAGCAGGAAAUUCACCCAGUCAAUGAGAAAACUGCUUCUAACACUCAGGAGGAUACUCCAAAGAAGUCCUUUGCGUCCAUUGUGAAUGCUUUGAAAGAUAAUGCUGCUCCAUUCCAUGUAAGGAUUUCACCAGCAAAACCUGUAGAACAACCACGUGUAUCUAGCACUCCAGUUCCUGAAGUACCAGCUCCCAGCAGUAACCCUGCAUCAGAAAAGAAUAAUGAAAAUGCAGGCAAGGCUUAUGCAAUAUUUGUAGCAAAUUUGCCCAUGAAUGCAACAGUAGACCAACUUGAACGGGAAUUCAAGAAAUUUGGGCCCAUUAAACCUGAUGGGAUUCAAGUUAGAAGCAAUAAGCAACAGGGAUCUUGUUUUGGUUUUGUGGAAUUUGAAUCGGCUAGUUCAAUGCAUAGCGCACUUGAGGCUUCUCCUAUCAUAUUGGACAAUCGCAGACUUUCCAUUGAAGAAAGGCGAGCUAAUAAUGAUAGGGUGAAAUAUUCAUCAGGACGGGGCGGAUACCGAAAUGAUAGCUACAGGGGCCGGAGCAAUUUUGGUGGUGGUCGUGGCUAUGCUCGGAAUGAUGUUGAAAAGCGAGGCGAGUUCUCAGGUAGACCUCGAGGACGCAAUGGAGAAACUGUGCCAAGGGCCUAUCAAAACGGUGGUAGAGCUGCUGCACGUCAGGAAGUGAAAGUGCAAUAGAGAUAAUAAAAGCACAUCCUUCACAGAGCAAAUUUUGAGUGAUAGCUAAGAGUUUUUCUAUAGGUAACGGCACAUUGAAUUGAGGAUUUUGGCUGGAUUAGAGAGUUAAUUGUUUGAUUUUAGCUUAGUCAUGGUGAUUCUACUGCUCAUUUAUAUUUUUAAGCUACGAGAGUUUGGUCUACUAGACCCCACACUUGUCUCUUCCCAAUUUUGCAUUUUUGUAUCAAAUUUUCUGCAACUAUUCUUUCGGAAUUGGUCUAAAUUUAUUUGCUAUUUUUCUGCA